UAUUUUUUAUUUUCUUGGUGAGAGAUCGUGUGACCUUACACUGAGAGUUACCUAAAAAAAAAGAAAAAAAAAAAAAAAAAAAAAAUGUAACCACGCUGAUAGUAUCAGCUGGGGGAUGGAGGGUGGGAUACCCAUUCUUUUGACUUCCACCUCCGAAUUCCAAGCCUCAUCCUGCAACUUCACCGGAGACGGGAGAGGACUUCCGCCUUCCGGCACAGUAGGAAGAUUGAAGAUAAUUAAAGGACAUUACCUCGAACUAGGAGAUCCAAGAAAAUGGAGUUGCAGAUCCGAAGAGAGAAGAUGUUGAGAAAGAACCCAUGCAUCAAUCUCUCUGCAAUGCGGAGGAAUCUUCAACAUCCAUCUUUCAUUUCUGUGUUACUUGUGGUUCCCGAUCUCCAUUUGCAGUUGCAGAGGAGAAGCAAGUAAGCAAUCCAGCUGUGAAGAACUGGCUAGAUGACCUCCAGCAGGUCGCUUAUGAUGCUGAAGAUAUCAUGGACGAGUAUGAAGCUGAAGAUCAGUUAUCAAAAUUAGCUGUGCUGGAAACUCAGACCGACACAAAUCAGGUGUUGAACCGCAUCUCUACCUCUUUCACUUCUACUGUUUCUGCAUUCAAUAAUAGUCAAGACAAGGCAAGCAGGAUAAGAGAUAUCACAGAGAGAUUAGAAGACCUAGCAAAACAAAUGAAUGUGCUCCAUUUGAGGAAGCGAAUUGGAGGGAAAGGGAAAGGGAACAUAGUUGCAUAUAGACCUGCAACGAGUUCUAUGGUUGAUGAAUUUCUUGUUUAUGGUCGAGAGAGUGACAAGAACAAGAUAGUUCAUGAGUUGCUAUUGACAGAAGAAGGACCAGUCCGACGAAAUGUGGUGGGUGCGCUCCCCAUAGUAGGAAUGGGGGGCUUGGGUAAGACAACUCUUGCUCAAUUAGUUUACAAUGAUGAGAGGGUGGUGAAUCAUUUUGAGUUAAAAGCAUGGGUGGGGGUGUCAGAAGAGUUUGAUUUGGAGAGGAUCACAAAAUCAAUUCUGGAGUCUGCAACUAAAGUGCCUUCUAAUCUCAAGGAUCUAGAUCCACUCCAACAUAAGUUAAGAGAAACGUUAACCGGGAAAAGGUUUUUAAUUGUUCUAGAUGACGUAUGGAACGAAAAACCCAACUUCUGGCAUAUGUUGAAGGUUCCCUUUAAGGUUGGGAAACAAGGAAGCAAAAUCAUGGUAACCACAAGAAGCAAGCUGGUUUCAUCAAUAAUGCGUACAGUUCCAGAUCAUGAUCUUGAGGGUUUGGCAAAUGAAGAUUGUUGGUCAUUGUUUCGUCAGCGAGCUUUUGCUGGUAGAGAUCCCAAUGCACAUCAAAAUUUGCAAGAAAUUGGUGAAGGAAUUGUGAAAAAAUGUAAAGGAUUGCCCCUUGCAGCAGAGGCACUUGGAGAGCUCCUCCAUUCUAAAGUUAACGAACAUUAUUGGAGGUACAUCUUAAAAUGUGAAAUAUGGGAUUUACCAGAAGAGAAAACCAAUAUUAUGCCUACUCUGAGAAUGAGCUAUGCUCAUCUCUCUGCAAAUGUAAAGCGUUGUUUUGCUUAUUGUUCCAUUUUUCAAAAGGGGUACCAGUUUAGAAAGGAGGACUUAGUCUUGUUGUGGAUGGCUGAAGGCUUUGUGCAAAGCAAAGGAAGUGCCCGGAUGGAGGACAUUGGCUGUGAGUACUUUGAUGAUUUACUCUUCAGAUCUUUUUUUCAACAAUCAAGUGCUGAUGGAUCACAGUAUGUAAUGCAUGACCUUAUUCAUGAUUUAGCAGUAUCUGUCUCAGGGGAGAUUUGUUCUAGAUUUGGGGCAAAGAACAAUGACCAGUAUUGUAAAAUUUCUACAAGUACUCGUCAUUUAUCACUCUCCACUCCAGUUGGUGAAGGAAUAAAUUUUGAGGUCUUAUAUAGUGCUAAGAAUCUGCGAACAUUUCUUCUACACUCGGGGUAUAUGCUUGCCUACAAUCGACAGGUCUCUCAUGUAAUUUCUAAAUUGAGGUACUUGCGUGUUUUGUGCUUGCAUGGAUUCCACAAGCUUGUGUUGCCUGAUUCUAUUGGGAUGUUAAUACACCUGCGGUACCUCAACUUCCAGCAUACUUGCAUUGAAUACUUUCCAGCAUCAAUUGGUAAACUCUACAAUUUACAAACAUUAAUUCUUGGUGCAUGUAAAAAUUGUUCUAGUCGUGCUGGCACACAUGUUGUCUUACCUGAAGACAUAACCAAUCUAAUUAAUCUUCGACAUUUUCAAGUGAUCUGCAGGCCUGAGAUCUACUUUCUAGGGGGAAUGCCAUGUGGUAUUGGGAGAUUAACUAGCCUCCAAACAUUAACUCACUUUGUUGUGGGCAAGAAGGGUGCAAAGUUGCAAGAUUUGAAGAACCUCAGGCACAUCGAAGGAGAAUUAUGCAUUUUACAGCUUGAAAAUAUAGGCAGUUCUAAUGAGGCUAUAGGGGCCAAUUUGAAGGAAAAGAAACUUCUUGAAACAUUAUGGUUAGGAUGGAGUCCCAUCCGAAAACUAAGAGAUGAUGAAAGGGAAACACUUGAAUUCCUAGAACCACAUAUGGGACUGAAAAAGCUGAGAAUUGUUUGCUAUUCUGGUGGAGUGUUGCCAAGGUGGACAGUAGCCUUACCCAAUCUUGUGAAGUUGGAACUUGUAAACUGUGUAAGAGUCGAGGUCGUCCCUCCUCUUGGACAGUUACCUUCACUCAAACAUCUAAUGAUGUCUGGUAUGAAUGGCAUAAAGCACGUGGGGAGGGAGUUUUAUGGGGAUGGAAGUGUUAAGGGUUUUCCAUCACUGGAGACUUUAGAAUUCAGAAGUAUGGCCAAGUGGGAAGAAUGGUUUGGAGGAGAUGGAAAUGAGUUUCCUCACCUUCACAAACUUGAGAUUUCCAGCUGCCAUAAAUGGAGGGGAUUCUCCUUCCGGAUUCCUGCUCUAAAUGCAUUGGAUGUAAGAGAUUCUGGAAGUUUAACUUCUCUUGAAGAUCAGAGGAUCCAGUCUCUCAAUUGUGGCAGUGAGUCUGAAGACAUGUUUCCUUGCCUUCACGAACUUCAGAUAUAUUUUUGUCCCAUAAGGGAAAUCUUGUCUGAUAUGCGGCAUUGUCCAAGCCUUAAACGUCUAACCCUCUUUCACUGUCAUGAUCUGGAGUCUCUGCAACCCCAGGGUUUACCACCUACUCUUACUUACUUGAAACUAAAGAAUUGUGACAUACUCCAAUACUUGCCAGAAGAGGGGCUACCUCCCGUGCUUACUCAUCUUGAGAUCUCAAAUUGUCCUUUUCUAGAGGAAUCAUGUGAAAAAGAGAAUGGACAAGAUUGGACCAAGAUAUCUCAUAUACCCAGCAUAAUGAUUAAUCAUGAGUUUGUCACUUGAUGAAGACGAAGAUGCCACCAUUUCAACAAAAUUUACACAACAAAUACUCCAGGAAAUGCUCUGUUUUCUAAACAAGUCCAUUUCAAUAAGAAAAAUAUCACCUUUGAAGUUUCUGUGCUUGGUCAAUCCAGAUUAGAAGCUGUUGAGUUCGCAACAAUCAUUAUAUGUUUGUGAACGGAGCUUCACUUUCUAGGAGGCUCCACUCAAGUACCAUCGGUAUCAAUUACAACUCAAAAUAACAGGUGCUUAAAUGAUCAAAUCUGAGCUACCUCCACCCCUCCUCCCCAACACGCAUAUUUUCCUACUCUAGUUACUUAGUUGAUGACUUUUAUUGCAUCUCUUGAGCCAAGAUUGAUUCUGCAAAGGACGAUUAUCAGUUUCAAUCCGGUGUAGCAAACUCCUAAGCUGAAAUAACUUUUGCAAACAAUGGAUUGUGGCCUGCAUUUGAUUUUAAGUGCCAAAUCAGGAAUCUGAUUUCUUAGAGGGGGCAGAUUUUGUGUUUGGAUUGUGAACAAUAAAGAUGUAAAGGCUAGGUGGUGCUGGGUGUUGCAGAAUGUGACUGAAGCAUAGAGGUGUUUUUAGGUCUUGGAGUGUGUAUAUCAACAUUCACCAUGACCAUUGUAAACAUAGGCAUUUGGCUCCUGUUGUGUAUGAUUUUUUCUUUCUUUGUGUGCACAUCAACAUUCACCAUGACCAUUGUAAACAUAGGCAUUUGGCUGCUGUUGUGUAUGAUUUUUUAUUUCUUUCAUUCAAUUUUUAUUUUUUUAUUUUUAAUGAAAAAAACUGGCCCGUCUUCUGUUGACUGUGAAA